AUGGGUAUCUCCUCAGUAAGAGGUCGAGCUGUAACUAUGGCGACUAUAAUUGAGAUCCCGGGGAUGGAAAAAGAUAAGAAAGCAGACGCUAUGGCUUCUAGGUUGAAGAAGGUCUUGGAUUCAGAACCCGUACGAAUAUCUACUAGACCCGUGCAAGGAGAUUUUGUACGGAAUGGCUACUCGUGCGUACCGGUGGCGCUGUCAGAAGGAUUGGACAUCAGACUUGGCACCUCAGUGACAGAGAUUAACUACGGAGGGCCGGGAGUCACUGUGAAGGCCGUCAACCCAAGGGCACCAGGUGUCCCACAAACUUUUAAAGCAGGCUACCAUCGUAGCCUGCUGUGCAUCUGGACGUCCGAUAGACGAAGGUGGUAUGAGUUCGUGUGGCGCGCAGACCCGUUCGCCCGAGGUUCCUACAGUUUCGUGGCAGUCGGCUCGUCGGGAACUGAUUACGACCUGUUAGCAGCGCCGGUACCAGGCGCACCUGGAGAGAACCGACUCUUCUUUGCUGGAGAGCACACGAUGCGUAAUUACCCGGCUACAGUCCACGGUGCAUUCCUCUCCGGUUUGAGGGAGGCUGGUAGACUGGCCGAUUUACUUCUACCGCAGCAGCCUAUAACGAAUGCGAGCGUCGCGGCCGCCACCGCUGCGGCGACAAGGCCAAAUGUGGUGAAAGAAAAAUCAACGGUGCUUCAAAGCUAUCAGAAUUUCAAGGACUUCGUGACUAAUAUGAUAGAAGACCAGAGUUCAAAAAUACAAAUAUUGCUCAAGAAGAUUCAAACAAAUGCACAAUCAGUGUUGAAGAAAAUAAACAAUAUAAAACGGGAUUCCAAAACAAAAGAAAGUAAAUAUAUGGGUUUAAAUUUUCGCCCUCGUAAAGUUUUUAGAAAUGAAAACGAUGAACAUCAGUUGGAAUCUCCUAUUUUGAAGAAACAACUCGAUACUUCAUUAAGCAACAAAGUAGCGGAAUCUCGAAACUUCAAUAGUCACUUUGGGACCUCGAGUUAUGGUGUCAGUGCUAACGGAAAUUACGGGACACCAGCGCAGACAUAUCAUCACCAUUCAAUCGGUUUCGAUCCAAUCAAUAUAGUAGUGUCCAUGUCAUUGCUAUCUUUUCUACUUCAAGCUCUGCAAGGACUACUGAACAGGACCCGACUUCCUACACCAAUAGUAGAAGCAAGACAUCUAAACCCAGCACAAGAAUGGUUCAGAAAAUUCUCAACCAAGUUUGAAACUUUAAAACCCGAUUAUACAAAGCGAAAGUAUCCCAAGAAAUAUAAUCAUUAAAUCCAAAAGAUCCAACGAUAAGAAGUGUCUGUCUGUAUACUCUUCAUUGGUUGUGUCUUAUUUGAAUGUCGCACUAAUUUAUCCUGCAAAGAAACAUAAUAUAUAAAGUGAAAUCGU